AUGAAUUUUGAAUUCAUAAGCGACCUCCUGGCUGCGAAAAUUAACCGUACCGCUCGCACAUUUGUCCAUACCGGCGUUGAUUAUGCAGAUUCGAUCGCUGUCGGAACGACUCCCAGUCGAGAGCAUAAAUCGCAAAAGGCCUAUAUCGCUUUAUUCGUAUGCCUCACGACCAAAGCUACAUUUAGUGUUCGUCAGCGAUUAUACCUCUUCUACCUUUAUCGCAGCGUAUCAAUAAUUUGUUUCUUGCCGAGAACUACUGAGGUCCAUGUAUUCCAACAGCAGCGACAACCACGUUUCACGGCGCCGAUCGCGAGUUGUCCAAUGCACAUGCGAAAGCAAUUCACGAUCCUAACUUCCGCAAUCGACUCGCUACCGACGGAACUGCGUGGUACUUCCUACUCCCCUGCAUCACCGCACUUCGGCGGCCUGUGGAAAGCCACCGUUAAAAGUAUUAAGCAUCAUUUAAAACGAUGCAUCGGCCUCCACACGCUAAUUGUUGAAGAGAUGUCUACGCUUCUCUGUCGGAUUGAAGCAUGCCUUAAUUCGCGCCGGAUCGCUCCCGUUUCCGAUAAUUUCGAAAUUUUGAUUAUCACGCUCUGA